AAAAACAUGAUGACAUAAUUAAAAGUAUUUUCUUAAGACGGACUUAUAUCACGUUGCAACCAAACUCUUCAUAUAUAAUCAAUUCUAUAUAAGAUGUGAAAAUGUAUUGAUUGAGAUCAGACUAUUUUAUGGAUCGUGUCAGCAACUUAAAAUUUAGUGACUUCUGUUAACGUCAAAAUGAUUCUUAACGAAAUUCUUAUUUAAACUUUUUAUGCUUUAACAAUAUUAUUAUUAUUAUUAUUACAGCCAUGCAAAAAAGGCCCCAAAGUCCAAAGUUCUCGAAAGUUGUGCUGAUAACAGAGGCAAAUAAAAACAUGCAGCUCCAGUGUGUAAACACGCUGUACCUGAGCGUCAGUCAAUGUGGCCUCGGACUGGUUGCUCAUUUGCAUAAAGGCCUUCAGCAGCCGCCCACUCAUUACCAUAUUUUUUAUUGCCUGCCCUCUUGAAGCAUCAUGGCAAGUUAUAUCAUUCAGUCCGACAGGGAAGUGGCCUAACUUCUGGAAGCAGGUGUCUUCAGAGAAACUCUUUGGAGGCGUGAGGAGGGGGAAUUUGACAUACUGUAUUUCCCACUGUACCUCCUUACGUACACAUUUAGAUGUUUGCAAAAAUGGUUUCCAAGUUAACUUCUUUGCAGCAAGAGCUUUUGAGCGCCUUAUUGGACUCCGGAGUUACCAAAGAUGUGCUUCUUCAAGCUUUGGAGGACCUGGAUCCAAGCCCGAGCGGUUAUGGAGUUAAACUGGAUAGUCUUCAGAUGUCUCCCUCCAGUUCCAAACUCAAUGGGAGUGAUACGGAUUCAAAGCCGGUUUUUCACACGCUGACCAAUGGACACAGUAAAGGAAAGUUAUCGGGGGACGAGGGCUCGGAGGACGGGGAUGAUUACGAUACACCGGCAAUACUGAAAGAGCUUCAGUCUCAAAAUACAGAGGAGGCAGCAGAGCAGAGGGCAGAAAUCGAACGAAUUUUGGCCGAGGACCCUUGGCGCGCCGCCCGAAUGAUCAAAGGCUACAUGCAGCAGCACAAUAUACCGCAGCGCGAGGUGGUGGAUGUGACGGGCCUCAACCAAUCGCACCUGUCGCAGCACCUGAAUAAAGGCACGCCUAUGAAAACGCAGAAGCGCGCGGCACUCUACACCUGGUACGUCAGGAAGCAGCGCGAGAUUUUGCUACAAUUCAACCAGGCCACACAAGGCUCCGGUGGCAACAUGUCCGACAAAGGCAGUCAGGAUCAAGUGCUACUGUUCUUCUCUGAGUAUAGUCAGUCCACGCCAAGUAUGGUGCAGGCACAAGAAGAUGCUAGCCUUGAACCUGCUUGCAAGAAGCUCAGGCGCAACCGUUUCAAAUGGGGUCCUGCGUCCCAACAGAUCCUCUACCACGCUUAUGAAAGACAAAAGAAUCCCAGCAAAGAGGAGAGAGAGGCACUGGUGGAGGAAUGUAACCGGGCUGAGUGCAUCCAGAGAGGAGUAUCUCCAUCCAAAGCUCAAGGUCUCGGCUCCAACCUGGUUACAGAGGUGCGAGUCUACAACUGGUUUGCCAACAGGAGAAAAGAAGAAGCGUUUAGGCAGAAGUUGGCUAUGGAUGCCUACACCGGACCGACGCACAGUCUUAACUCCCUCCUCUCUCACGGUUCUCCUCAUCACCCGCAAACCAGUAACUCCCCAACAAGCAAAAUGCAAGGUGUCAGGUACAGCCAACAGGCUUCCGGCGAAGUCAGUUCUUCCACGACGAUCAAUCACCAUAGCGGCAGCGUAAUGGCGACCAGCCAGUCACUGUUGCAGCAGGUCUCUCCGGGGGCCCUGGACCCCAGCCAUAGCCUCCUGUCACCUGACGCCAAGAUGAUCUCUGUAUCCGGUGGAGGUCUUCCUCCUGUCAGCACCCUCACCAACAUCCACGCAUCCCACCACAUGCACCAUCAGACCUCCAACCUCAUAAUGCCCCUCUCGGGGGUCAUGGCCAUCGCACAGAGUGAGUUUUCCGCUAUGCCAUCGUUCUUGGUUUUGUUUGUCUGUUUCUUUCUCUCAAUCUCAUUAUUCUUGCAUCCAGGUUUGAACACAUCGCAGGGGCAGACGGUACCCGUCAUCAACAGUAUAACAGGCAGCCUGGCAGCGCUGCAGCCCAUGCAGUUCUCGCAGCAGCUGAACAGCCCACAUCAACAGCUCAUGCAACAGUCGCCCAGCCACAUGUCCCAGCAGCCCUUCAUGGCAUCCGUCUCACACUCACACAUGUACACACACAAGCAGGAGCCGCCCCAGUAUUCACAUUCGUCUAGAUUUCCCCCCAUGUUGGUUACAGACGCUAACAGCCUCAGUACCCUGAGCUCAAUGUCCUCCAGCAAACAGUGUCCACUACAGGCCUGGUGAGCUUGUGCAUGACUUCCCGAUGCCUAGCAACAGGAGCGCAUCCUUUCCAUUCCCCCUCAUCACACCCGUAUCUAUGGCAACCCAUAAUACGCACUAACGGGGCACUGGACGAUGUGUUAGUCAAUAAACUAUGGACUGAGGUGGGAGUUAUCUGUGCUGCGAGAACACCAAGAACCAGACUGACAGGUUGUUUUGUUCAAUCGUCAAGUGUGAAGACUUUGGUCCUUUGAUCAACAAGGAAUGAUGCCAUUUAAUGCUCAAACUACAGUGACAGUAUUUUAUUUCCCAUCGUAAUGGAAAAAAAACAUUCCCAAAAAGGUCUUUGAAGAACAAAUGGAUAGGAAAUAACGUGGUUAAAUUAAGCUCCAAAAACUCAAGAGCGCUGCGAUGGAAAAGCCCAACGAAUUCAAGGUUGUUUUCCUCGGACAGUUCCUCGGACAGGACCACAACACAAGUUGGUGUUUUUCUGAAUGUGCUUGGUGAAAACCUUCUAAUUGAACAGUGGAUUCAAUGACAAUCAGCAGAUGAUGCAACCAUGGGGUUUAUAAAGGAGUCUUCCAUAGUGUAUAGACAACGUUCUGUACAGUUGGAUGUAAAUAGAAACGAUUAUUAUAUCAUUAUUAUUUCUUUUGUCUGAAGGAUGUACAUAUUUGAAAGUCCACAUUUGUUGUUUUCACAAUUUGUCUUGUUGAAAAAAUGUAAACUGUGAUUCAGGAUGUGACAAUCUUUGGAAAUGUAGGACUAUGCAAUGUGUCGGAGAACGCAGUUUAGAUUUGCGGUUAUAUUUUGACACUGAAACUUAACUGAAGAAACAAACCUUAAAUGCAACAAAGUGAGAGAAUAUAGCUGAGUGUAUAGAUAUAUCUCUCUCAGUGACUUUUUUAUUAGACAGAUUUAAAAAGAACGGCUUUUCUGUGCCAGCAUUUAGAUGGUGAAAUUUCAUGGUAUGACCAAACCUUUAGCUAGGUUAUAUCGAUUAACUAAGAGAGACGGUCGAUCAGGGAAACAGAUAACUCGUUCCUCAUUCACCCUUUGUAGAAAUGGUGGUGAAUAAUGACUUGCUGUUGUAAUCUAAAUAUUGGCCUACAAUUUAGCCUUCAUUGUCAUGGGAUGUUAGGACUAUGUAGUGCAAUAGAACACAGCAUCCUGUUGAAAUGGUGUGUUGUGGCAGCAUUACUUAUAUUAUCAGUUGGGAAAUGUGAUAGGAUGUUGUUUUACCUGCUCACACAACUCGCCUUGUUUUCUGUGCAUUUUUAUAUGUACAUCCAUGAAAUUUAAACUGUGUGUCAACUUAAAUCGUCUUUUCGAAAAACCGAAGAAACAAUUUUUAGUCCCAUCUGAGAGUUGAAUACUUUUCAAAAGGUCACUUCUGUGUUUUAAUGGUGUAAUGUUGACUAUGAACCCACUGCCACUCGAACUGUGAUUACAGUGCUGUUUUCUGCUGGAUUUAUUCAAAAUGUGAUUCUAUCCGCAUUGUAUUAUUUUUGUAUAGAAUGAAAUCAAUCUUUUAAUCACUAUUUAUGCCUUACAGAAAAAAGUAAAGUUUUUCUUCAAGAUUAAAAUGAA